UGUCACUGUGCUGCUGCAUCGCUGAACAGCAUGAAGAUGAGGGAGAUAUAGUGGCUGUUAGACGGGCGGACAGUUUUGGCCUGUGUCUUUAAAAGCCAUAUCGUCCUGGAGUUUUGCUCAGUCGACGUGAAAUGAGGAAUAAUGAGUGACUAGAUAAAGGUUUGCCGGUGACCUGAAAGAUCUCUUGUGAAAGACAUGGACUAAAAAGCAGAGUGUGUGUGAGUGUGUGUGAUGUGUGAGUGUAUGUGGUGUGUGUGUGUGUGUGUGAGUGUAUGUAUGAAUGGGUGUAAUUGUGUGUGAGGUACAGCAUCUGGAUAUAACCAUGGCUGUGAGGUGGCAGCUGAAGACGAUCCACUAAAAAACAAACAUAGAAUACGUCUUCUUCCUCUCCUUUGCCUCCUUGGGCCAACAGUAGCCCAAUUUCCAACAGAGCCCUGCUGGCUAACAAUACCUGUGGAGGUCGCUGGUAACCCGUGCCUGGACCGAUCCGGUAUGAAAUUCAGAUGAGCGUGUGAAGCUCUGGCUACCACGAAGGCCACUGCUGCAGGCUGGACAGCGCAGCCACAUGAUCACAUGACUCUGGACAUGGACGCGGUCCUGUCAGACUUUGUUCGGUCUACAGGGGCAGAACCUGGUCUGGCACGUGACCUGCUGGAGGGUAAAAACUGGGACCUGAGCGCUGCUCUGAGUGACUAUGAGCAGCUGCGGCAGGUCCACACUGCCAACCUGCCACAAGUAUUUAAUGAGGGCCGUUACUACAAGCAGCCAGAGCGCAGUGGAACCCCUCAGCACCUCAACAAGCUGGAGCAAUGCUUGCAGAGGCAAGAGGAGAACACUCAGGAGAAGCGUCUUUCUCGGGGCAUCUCACAUGCCAGCUCUGCCAUCAUGUCUCUGGCGCGGAUGCAUGUGACGGGUGAGUGCACCAGGGAGCAGUUGCCUCUCGAGAUGCCCAUCUACACCUUCCAACUACCUGACCUGAGUGUGUACAGCGAGGAUUUCCGCAACUUCAUUGAGCGUGACCUGAUUGAACAAUCUACCAUGGUGGCACUGGAGCAGGCAGGUCGUCUGAAUUGGUGGUCCACUAUAUGUACUAGCUGUAAGAAGCUACUGCCAUUAGCAACAACUGGAGAUGGUAACUGCUUACUGCAUGCUGCUUCCUUAGGUAUGUGGGGCUUCCAUGACAGAGAUUUGGUGCUGAGGAAAAGUCUGUAUGCUAUGAUGAAGAGUGGGGCAGAGAGAGAGGCUCUGAAGAGGAGGUGGAGAUGGCAGCAGACGCAGCAAAACAAAGAGUCAGGGUUGGUGUAUACAGAGGAAGAGUGGGAGAGAGAGUGGAACGAACUGCUGAAGUUGGCCUCCAGUGAGCCUCGCACACACUUCAGUAAAAACGGCAACACCAGUGGAGGUGUGGAUAAUUCAGAAGACCCUGUCUAUGAGAGUCUGGAGGAGUUCCAUGUGUUUGUGUUGGCUCAUGUGCUGAGGCGGCCAAUCGUGGUGGUGGCUGACACCAUGCUCCGAGACUCUGGGGGAGAAGCAUUUGCACCCAUCCCCUUUGGGGGUCUUUACCUGCCCCUGGAAGUACCACCCAACCGAUGCCACUGCUCUCCCCUGGUCCUGGCAUAUGACCAGGCACACUUUUCUGCCCUGGUCUCUAUGGAGCAGAGAGACCAGCAGAGAGAGCAAGCCAUCAUCCCUUUGACAGACUCUGAGCACAAGCUUUUAGCCCUGCACUUUGCUGUGGAUCCAGGCAGAGACUGGGAGUGGGGGAGGGACGACAACGACAAUGCCAAACUGGCCAAUCUUAUUUUCUCACUGGAAGCGAAGCUAAAUCUCCUGCACAGUUAUAUGAAUGUUACAUGGAUUCGAAUACCAUCAGAGACACGAGCUCCCCUUGCUCAACCCGAGUCACCCACUGCAUCAGCAGGUGAAGAUGUGCAGUCUCUGGCCGAAUCAAUGGACUCGGACCGUGAGUCUGUCUGUAGCAAUUCCAACCUCAACAAUGGCAAGUCUAGUAAAGAGAAAGACAAGGAUAAGCAGCACAAGGAGAAAGACAAAGCUCGUGCUGACUCAGUAGCCAACAAGCUGGGCAGCUUUAGCAAGACACUAGGCAUCAAACUGAAAAAGAAUAUGGGUGGCUUGGGUGGUCUGGUACAUGGAAAAAUCAGCAGGUCUACCAUAACAAAUGGCCGCGCUGUGGAGAGCAGUGAACAGAAGCCCAAGAAGAAGGACUCCAAAACACGCAAAGAAAACAAAGAGGAGUCGGGCCAAUCUACCAGCACGUCAUCCUCUGAGAAAGCAACCAGCCCAUCCCCUACUGACAGGGCUUCAGGUAACUCAUCUGGAGAAAGACAGGUCAGUUCAGGCAAAAACUCAGAUGAGCGGACUCUUGACAACUGGAAGUACAGCACUGAUGUUAAGCUCAGCCUGAACAUUCUUCGUGCCGCCAUGCAGGGAGAGCGUAAAUUCAUCUUUGCUGGUUUAUUGUUGACCAGCCACAGGCAUCAAUUUCACGAAGAAAUGAUCAGCUACUACCUGAGCAGUGCACAGGAGCGCUUCAGCACUGAGCAGGAACAGAAGAGAAAAGCUGAGGCUGAGAAAAAGCCUCAGACCAACGGCAUCCUCAAGAAGCCUGAACAAGAGAGCACAUUCCAGAAAGAGCGCUCGGACAGCUCUCCUCCCGAGAGCUGCUCACCUGUCCUGCAUCCCAGCCAUAUCCAUACACUAAAGGGCCAGGGAAGGAAUAGCCCUACCCUUGCUGCUUCCCCAAUUCCCAUCCCUAAUGCCAGCCCGGCUUCAGUCCUCUCCUCGUCCAUGUCACCCGUCCCUUUCUCCUCCCCCAGUCAAGGUGCUAAGCGACAGGAACCCAUCCCGGUGUCCGCCCACUAUAGCCAUACGCCACCCAUCCAGAGGCACAGCGUCAUCCACCUGCGAGAUAACAACACGCAGUCCUCCAGCUACCAGGAUGAAUCCUAUAAAAUUCCAGUGGGGACACUGAAGUCCUGUGCCACGUAUCCACAACAGAACCGCUCACUGUCCUCUCAAAGCUACAGUCCAGCACGCAUGUCUGGGAUUCGCGCCGUUCACGGUGGAGAUUAUUUGCCAUACAGCAUGGCCGGUGAGCACAAAUCCCACACCUAUACCAAUGGCUUCAAUGCAAGCCAUAUCCGGGAUAGCCUGGAGUUUGCCGAUGAGGAACUCACACCACAUUCAUGGCUCAACCAUGACAAAUCCAAGCUCCGCAGUGGAACCUGCCCUAUGUACUGCUUUCAGCAGAAGCGCUGCAAAAGGGAGAACUGCUCCUUUUAUGGCAGACCUGAGACAGAGAACUAUUGCUCCUACUGCUACAGAGAGGAGCUGAAACGCAGGGAAAGGGAGGGCAAAGGACACCGGCCUGGAUAGCCCCGCUCAUACACACACAUGCAGUUUAAAACUGUUGUGUGUGUGUGUAUGUGUGUGUGUGUUUUUUUGUGUGUGUGAUUAAAAGACAGCAGUGACAUCAUCCUCUGCACUUUGAGAGUAAUAGACAAAUACUGGCAUACCAUUUUUUAAAUCUAUUUAAGAAUGAUCUCCUUGUAUUCUUGUUACCUUUCUCUCAAUAGCAAAAUGACACUGCAGUUUACAGCUUUGGCCAGCAAUUGUGCUGUCAUUUUAUUUGUCAGUUUGUCUUAUGUCCAAAUUAACAUUCUUUUACUUGUUCUAGAGUAAAAGCUCAUAUCUGUGCAAUUUGCUCAGUCUGUAAUAUAAAAAUUUCUAGGACUAGCUAAAAGAGAUAUAAAAGCAUAUUUCAGUCUCCUCUAAACUCUUCAAAAGCUACUGGGUACUCAUUUGAACGCAAUACUUCAAUCAAUAUCUCAAUAGCAAGUUACAUCUUUCUGCUUUGAAAAUUAUUCAAAUGGGAGGAACAACCAUUGAUAAGCAUGAAAGUUUUUAAAGCAAUACGUUUGGUAAUGAGCGCAGUCCCUCCCCUUUUUAUCUAUGCAUUCUUAAUGUCAGCCAUAUGGUAUUGUCUUUGUACAGAAAUAUGUGUGAUUUUUAUCUGCCUUGAUUUAAGAAGAUUGUACUGAAAGUUCAUUCGUGGCUAAUCAAAGUGUGCUGCAUGGUAUUUAACAUGCUUUUGAUGUGCAGCACAUGACUGGACCUCGUGUACAUGGGUUUGCAUUCCAUUUAAACUCUCCUCAGUACCAUCUUAUGCAGAACAGUGCCAUUUAUUUCUAUGUGUUUUGCAAUAUACCACAUUCUCAGUAGCAAAUGGCUUCUGUAAAAUAAGCUGCUACUACAUGUGACAAAUUUAUACAAUGCAAGAGUAACAAUAUAAUGGAAUACAAACCUUUAUACACCUUUAAAGUGUAGUGGACUAAAAAAAGUGAAAGCAACUCUGUCAUGUUUGUCAAUGUUGGUUACACACUGGUGUGUUUUAGUUAAUGGCUGUUGCUCAUCAUUUGUUACAGUAACCCAUAAGCACACACAUGUCAAACGAUCAACAGACCUGCCUGUUUUUGCCCUAAACGAAAUCUCUGCCUGAAACAUUCUCCUGUAUUUGAAAUUCUCAGGAAUUAUGUUAAAUGUAAAUAGUAGUUUAAUCCCCAAAUUAAUCGCUUUAGUUGGAUUUAAUGUGUAUUACCCUUCAAGAUUGGCUCAAGACCAUAAGUUUUGGUGGGGCAGAACAAUAUUAAUAACAACAUAGCCUCAAACGAAAUUAAAUCACAUUUGACUAUAAAGUACUAUAUAGCAUUUAUAGAGUAGCUCCAAAAAUUGGCAAAAGAGAGACUACAGUACAAUACAUAAAUGAACUUGAACAUACUAUGUAUGGUUAUGAUGAUUUCUGUCUACAAAUAAUUGCUCUCCAAAGACACAUUCAAAACCUAGCUAGUACUGUAGAUAGCUUGAUAAAUCUGUACAAAUAAUGUAAGCUAAAAAAAACAAUUCUAAUCAAGGGAAAGGACUGAAAACCAUGGGCUUAGCAAUGUAUGCUUAAAUGCAACCCUGUAUGGUGUAGCAAGCAUUGUUAUAAUGUGAGACACAAAUGGGGAAAUAUCAUUAACUGUCCUGUCUGAAGCUCCUCCCCCACUCAUUCAUAGAACAAGUAUGGGGCAGGGUGAUUGCUGCCCCAAAGGAUCUCAAUAUGACGCCAUUUUUUUACCACUAUGUGCAAUAAUGACUCAAUGGAGCUUUAUGGAGCACAAAGCACACUGCUCCAAGAUUGUAUCUAGUAAGGAGAUUAAAUGAAUAGAAAAUCAGCUUAUACCUGUUAAUUGAUUUUUUUUUUAUUGUUGGUCACUCAAAAGAGGUUAUUAGUAUUGCAAGAUUAAAAUCUGUUGCAACAUAUAUAUUUGGCUGAGCUCUGCCCUAAGCUGUCAAGACAUAAUUAACAGCAGCAUUGCUGUUAUAGAUGUUAUCUAUUACAGCAAAUAGCUACAUCAUAGCAGGUGUCUAAAUCUUAACUUGCUUUGUCUACAAAGAAGGCCUUGAUUCCUCUUCUAUUCAGAGCACCAGAAGGCCUGGGCAAAGCAAAAUCUUCUCCUAGUGCUUCUCUUCUUUAGGCGAGUCAUGAAUGUGAGAGCAUUACUCACUACUUUCUGGUGUGUGGUGUAAUACUGAAUAAUACUUCACACUCUUAUGGUCAGUGGGUCUGUCUGUCCUGUAUGCUGUGUUCUCCCCAAUGUUUUUUCUUGCUCCUUCCUUCUACAUGUUCUCCUCUUCCUCCUUUCUUUGUGACAGAUUCAUGGACUUGCACCGUGUUAGAAUUGUAAAAAAUGAUUUUAUAUUCAUUUGACAGUUUUACACUAAAUUAUUAAUUUGCACAUUAGGUACUGAUGUAAAUAUUAGGAGAAAACAGGAAAAGAACAAAACAAAAUUAGUUUGUUGUUUA